AUGCCUGUUGUAUGUGGGUCAUUCAAUUUGGAUAGGAACGAAAGAACAGUGGUUGAGCCAACAUUGCUCUCCCACUUGAUAUCUACGCAUGCAAGUGAACAAAUUGAAACUUACCCCCAGACUGAUGUUGUGGUCAAACGCUUGGUUAAAAUCCAAGGACCUAAAAGUGUCUUCAGAAGAUGCACCAACAAUGACAGUGAUCAUUCUUUUGCAAUACCUGCAAAAAGCUUGUACAAGUUCUCCCACAGGAUUCCAGCUUAUAGAUUUGCGGAUCAAGAGAUGGAUAGAGUAUCAGAUGAGAUGUUUGAGCUUAACCACUCGGCUGCCCCCGGUGUCUUGGACUGGGACAUGACAAGAGGGAGUCGCUGUCAAUCCACCUUGACACUCAACCAUGCCACCCCUCUUCAUAAACCAUCAAAUGCAGAGGUGAUAUCACUAAAACAUGAGUGGUCAUUAAAAGAUUUCAUUCCAGAACAAAUAUGGGCUAUGUAUGAUGGGCGAGUUUUGAUGCCUCGAAGAUAUGUAUUGAACAGCAAAGAUAUAUCCUGGCUUCAAGACAAUCUGCCAUUUGCAAGUGGAUUAUUUAGAUGUGGUGAAACCACUCUUAACUUGGACUUGGCUCGGUUCUCACAUACUGUAAAGUGUGAGAAAAUUGGGGAGGAGUCUUUGUACAGGAUAUAUCCCGAGAAAGGUGAGUUCUGGGCUUUGCACAAAAACAGGGAUGGCGCAAGGAAACGUGCAGAUUUUAAGAGUCACCACCAAUAUCAGAUCGUUGAAAUUGUUAAGGAUUUCUCUGAAGAAUCUGGGUUAAUUGCAGUCAGCUUGAUAGAGGUGCCAGGCCGGAAAUCUUUCUUCAAAAGACAGCUGCAAAAUGGACAUGAGCUGUGCCAGACAGUUACAAGGAAAGAAAUGGUCCGUUUCUCUCACCAGGAGCCAGCUUAUACUGUUGAAGGAAUUGAGUUAUAUGGAAUCCCCAGAGGCUCUUGGCAUCUUGAGCCUGAUGCAUUGCCUCCCAAGCUCAGCACAACAGUACAUCUCUGGAAUCUAGAUGCUAGAUGAUAAGUAGUUAACUUCAAUAUCUACUAUGAUCACAGUACCAUUGUUCUUAUGGCAUUUCAACCUAUUCUAGCGUCUAAUGCCUUCUUCCAAAACGGUUCCAGAGUAGUUUCAGAAUAGGGAACUACCAUAAGAUUCUCUUGCUUUAUUCCUGGUCUUUGCUUCUACCAUUGGAUCUUUGUGUUUUUGUGGAAAAAUACUGAAGCUUCUGGUGUUAUAUUUCAUACUGAAUGAUUAUCUAAUACCCCUGUACACCUUACCAGAAACAUAUAUACUCCAGAUGUAGUUCCAAUUUUGACAUUUGAUAAAUAGGAAUCUCUACAAGUUCGUUAAGGAGAGUCAAAUAUUGCAAAGAUUUAGCAUUGAGAAAA